AUGGCAGGCGUACAACCGGAGAAAGACGUCAAGGUCUCGCUGGGACUAGCUGAAGAAAUUCUUCAUAGUAUGGGAGCCGGCGUGAUCUUCCGAGACUAUGUUUGGUUCCAAUUAAGAUUACCGAAGAAGCCCGUUAGUAGCCUCCUAAUUAAGACUAAAGUACCUGCUGAAAUCUUUCCUGUGAUCACUAAAGUAACUUGUUCGAUGGAUACAGAAUCUUUGUGUCUCCUUUCAUUGCAUGAUAAUAAGUAUCUAAGAUACUUCAAGGGACAUCAUGAUAGGGCUGUAUCUCUUAGCUUGUGCUCUCGCACUGAUUGUUUUAUAUCUGGAUCUCUGGGUCGUACUGUUUUGAUGUGGGACCAAAGAGCUGAGAAGUGCCAGGGUCUUCUACGUGUGCAGGGAAGACCUGCCACUGCUUAUGAUGACCAGGGGAUUGUCUUUACCAUAGCUUAUGGAGGAUAUAUAAGAAUGUUUGAUGCUCGGAAAUAUGAAAAGGGGCCUUUCGAGAUAUUUUAUGUUGGAGGAGAUAUGUCUGAUGCUAAUGUCGUCAGGUUUAGUAACAAUGGAAGGCUGAUGCUUUUGACAACUUCAGAUGGUUAUAUACAUGUGUUAGACUCAUUCCAUGGCACACUUUUAUCAACAUACAAAGUUACGCCUGCAUCAAGUGUUUCAACACUGGAGGCUGCUUUUAGUCCAGAUGGAAUGUUUUUUUUAUCUCAGGACGACUUUACUGGGUUUUACUAUUGGGUAGGAUCAGGAGAUGGCAGUGUUCAUGCUUGGAGUGUCCGGAGUGGCAAAGAGGUUACCAGCUGGUUGAGUAAUGAUAUGGAACCACCUGUCUUCAAAUGGGCUCUGGGAAGUUUAAUGUUUGCCAAAGGCUCUUCCAAGUUAUCAUUUUGGAUUCCAGAUUUAUCCAAACUAGCCUCUUUUGCUGGAAGAAAGUAG